AUGAAGAGGCUGCAGCUCCAACGAUGGAGCAGCACGGUCCUUUCGCCGCGGGCUCGGACUGGUUACUGUCUGCAUCAACAACUCUACUCUAGCAGAUUGCGGUAUCAAUCGACCGCGUCCCCCGUCCAGGCGGAGUCUGCUCCUCAUGAUGGGGUGGACAUGUUCGAUGAUCCGAAAAUGAUGAGCCAAGUCCGACGUGUUCACCGUCGCAAGUCAAAUCUCGCAUAUCCCUCUCCUCCGGUCGAAGCCGCGACCAAAUCCGCAAAACUCGCUGCCCUUCACGCCCGACUCUACCUCCCUUCCCGAUUACCGCUCCAAACACUUGCGCGGACAUUGGUCGACGCUACCGCCGAUGCGAAUGCUGAUUUCAACAACGAAUCGCUGGCCACUCUCGGUCAUGACCUUCUCACCUACUACACUACGGAGCACCUCCUCUGCAACUACCCUCGCCUUCCCCUGACAGUCAUAUUCGCCGCUAUGUACGCUUACGCCGGUCCUAAGACUCUCGCCGCGAUGGCAAAAGAAUGGGGCGUGGAGCUCGCUGCACUACCUGGUGGUGAAGUCGACCCCGGCUUCCUGCAAUUCCAGAGGGUCGACCCCGGUACCGACGUGGACGCAAACUCCGAUCUUCAGUCGGCACGACCAUAUGCUGCGCAAAAGAACUGGAGGAAGACUGUCACCUCGAAGAUCUUCUACGAUGACGAGUUCGGUGACCAGAUCAAGGGGGCCGUGACAACGGGCGCGGGCUCAGGCGUCACUGCUGAGCUGGCCAGCGCGACCUUCGUCCGGGCUGUCAUGGGCGCUAUCUACCUGCACGCUGGCCGCCCGGCCGCCAAGCGAUUCUUUGAGCAGCACUUCCUCUCCCGACAUCUCAACAUCUCUGAGCUAUUCAACUUCUCCCAGCCGGCCCGAGACCUCGCCCGGUUGUGUGCUCGUGAGAACUUCGAGCCCCCGGUCGCCAAGAUCGUCAGUGAAACCGGCCGAAAGAGCAGACACCCCGUCUUCGUGGUUGGUAUCUUCUCCGGUCAGGACAAGCUGGGUGAGGGCGCUGGCGCCAGCCUGCUUGAAGCUCGUGAGCGAGCGGCUCUUGCUGCGCUGAAGGGGUGGUACCUCUACAGCCCGCUCAACGCGCGCGUCCCCAGCUCUAUGGAGGAGGAGGGCGCCGCGCCGUGGAAGCCCGUCUACGUCGACUUGGGUGAGGUGAUUGUCUAA